AUGAGAGAUGCUGCAGUGGUGUGUAGAGAGCUGGACUGUGGGGAGGCUGUAGAGGCGCUGAACAGUUCUCAUUUUGGACCAGGAUCAGGGCGAUUGUGGAGGAGUGCAGUGAACUGCAGUGGAUUAGAGUCUACACUGGAAAACUGUGGAGAGGAUGAAGAGUGCAAAUUUGAUAAAUAUGUUUGUAAUAAUCAGCGGGAAGCUGGUGUCAUCUGUUCAGGUCAUAUGAAACCUAGACUAUCCAAUGGUCCUAACCCGUGCUCUGGGAGAGUGGAGCUGUUUCGUGGAAAUAACUGGAUGACGGUGUGUGAUGCUGCCUUUGACCAGCAGGAUGCAGAGGUGGUGUGUAGAGAGCUGGGCUGUGGGGUUCCUGUAGAGGUGCUGGGAGCUGCUGCUUUUGGUAAAGGGGAGGGUGAGGUGUGGUCAGAGGAGAUUCAGUGUAGAGGCAACGAAUCUGAGAUUUCCUUCUGUCCAACAUCAUCUUCACAGAGACACAACUGUUCUCAUGACAACAAUGUGGGACUGAAAUGCACUGGAUACACAGACUUCAGACUGGUGAACAGCUCUGACUCCUGCUCUGGUCGAGUGGAGCUGCAGUACCUCAGUGAGUGGGGAACAGUCUGCGAUGCAUCGUGGGAUAUCAGAGCUUCCAACGUCCUCUGUCGACAGCUGAAUUGUGGGAGUGCCAUGGCUGUAGUGGGAGUGGACUGGUUUGGGGAGGGCAGUGGCCCGGUACGGGCUGAUGUAUUUGAUUGCCAGGGCAACGAGACACACCUCUCAGCAUGUGUCAUCUCUUCAUGGAGUCGAGCUGCAUGCUCUCAUAGGCAGGGUGCUGGAGUCAUCUGCUCUGGUUCCUCUAUGUCUGCUGAUGCUGGAUGGGUGCGGCUGACUGGAGAGAGGGAGUGUGAGGGAGAGGUGGAGGUUUAUUUCCAUCAGGCCUGGAGGAGAGUUCUCCUGGACUCCUGGAGUUUGUCUGAAGCCUCUGUGGUCUGCAGACAGCUGGACUGUGGCUCUGUGGUAGACUUCAGUGGCUCCUCUGGGUCUAGUCCAGGGGACAGUGAUGAGUGUCUGACUGGUUUCCAGUGCUCUGGGCCUGAAACUCAUCUGGGAAACUGCAGCUCACCACAAAUGACAAACUGCAAUUCCAGUUCACAGCUGUCACUCAUCUGCUCUGGUGAGUUGACCAUAUCUUACUCAUGCUUUAAUUCAGGUCACAGGUCCCUCAGACUGGUGGGUUCUGGGAGUGAGUGUGCAGGGCGUCUGGAGGUUUUCCACAAAGGCUCAUGGGGAACAGUGUGUGAUGACUCCUGGGAUAUGAAGGAUGCCCAGGUGGUGUGCAGACAGCUCCAGUGUGGAGAGGCCCUCAUUGGGGCGGUUCCAGCCUGGUUUGGUCCUGAAACUGGACCCAUUUGGCUGGAUAAGGUGGACUGCCUGGGGAAUGAGACGUCCCUGUGGAGCUGUCCGUCAGAGGGAUGGGGCCGACAUGACUGUGGACACAAGGAGGAUGUGGGAGUGCUGUGUUCAGAGUUUAAAAAGAUCAGACUAAAUGAAGGCUGCUCUGGGAACCUGGAGGUUUUUUACAAUGGAACCUGGGGUAAUGUCUGCAUGAACCAAAUGGACUCAGACACAGUGUCUUUAAUCUGUCAAGAGCUGAACUGUGGAAAGAGUGGCAGUGUGGACUCAAGCACACCAAGACUGGCUUCAGCUCCAAACUGGCUUGACCGUGUACAAUGCCGCAAACACGACAUCAGUCUAUGGAACUGUCCGUCUUCACCCUGGGGUCAGAAUGAAUGUAAUGCAUUUGAAGUGGCAAAAAUCACCUGUUCAGUCACAGAGGAAAAAACUGUCGCCCGAAGUCUUUUGCCAUGUGCAGCAUCUCCACAUCAAAGACCAUGUUCAGACCAUCUACCCCUCAGACUGAUGGAGGGAGAGGGCCAGUGCUCUGGGAGGCUGGAGGUUUAUCAUGACGGUACCUGGGGCUCAGUCUGUGAUGAUGACUGGGACAUUAGAGAUGCUCAGGUGGUGUGCAGACAGCUGGGCUGUGGGCCGGCACUGAGGGCUGAUGGGAAUGCUGCCUUUGGGCGUGGAGAGGGAGCUGUGUGGCUGAGCAGGGUGGAGUGCAGAGGAAGUGAGAUCCACCUGUCUGACUGUUCUCUCUCCCUGAAGAACAACACUGACUGCUCCCAUAAGGAAGACGUAGGAGUCACCUGUACAGCUCUGUCUAAGAGGAAACACAUGACUCUGCCUGAUGCCGUCUAUGAGGAGAUUGACCACAGAUUCCUCACUAAGAGAAGCAGUAACACUGUUCAGAGAGGUGAGAGUCUCUUUACAGGGAUGCACAGCUGCUACUAUGAAGAACAAGAUUUGCCGGUGAUAAGAAUCUGCCAGGCCUUUGGAGCCAAACGGUUUUACUCCUGUCCAGCCAGAGAGCUCAGCACCAAACACCACGAGAGUCACAGGUCGUGCUCUCUCAGAGGAACAGAACUCCGGUACCGCUCUCUUAUAACAGGUCGUGCUCUCUCAGAGGAACAGAACUCUGGCUAUGAGGAUGUGGGGGAAGAAGAGCUCCUCUCAGUGUCUUUGAUAGAGGAAAAAGCUGAGUAUUACGAUGAUGCGAAAACUACCAGUGACCUGACAGAGGAGAUGCUGACACUGGACUCUCCACAGAGCUAUGAAGAUGUCAUCACUUCAGGACAGAACCCAGACAGUGUGAUGGGUGUGUCUCUGUUUUUAGAUUGA